UUGUAGUCUUCUCUAUGGUGCGAUCCAAUAUUGACAAUAAUAUUAUUAUGUCUCCGGCUUGGAGCAGGAAAGAGUCAACGGAAAUGCACAUUGAACAACGGUCCCGUCACACUGCAACUGAAGCUGAUGCUGCGUUGGAUUCAAUAGUUAGAUUAUUAUAAAGUCAAAUUUUAGUGCAGACUCACCAAAAAUCAAAGCAAAAUGUCCAAGAAGGGUGUGUACAGGCAAAUCUAUGUCACUAUAGUCGCGACCAUGUCGAUAUUCAUCAGCGGCAUGUGGCUGGGGUGGCCAAGCUCGGUGGUGGAGAAGUUCGUCAAGCAUGAGACGGACUUCAACGCGACAAUGGACGAGCUGUCGUGGAUCGUGGCCACGAUGGACCUUGGUAACGUGAUUAGCCCGCUUCUGGCCGGCCACCUGAUGGACUGGAUGGGCCGGAAGCCCAGUACCGUGGUGCUAGGGCCGCUGUUCAUCGUCUCGUGGGCGCUGACCCUGUUCGUGCCCACCGCCUGGGCGCUGUACACGGCCCGUCUGCUGGCCGGCAUGGGCAAGGGCAUGUCGUACACGGUGGUGCCCGUGUACCUGGGUGAGAUAGCGUCGCCCGCCAUACGCGGAGCAUUGGGAAGCGUGUUCUGCCUUCAGUUGCACUUUGGCUUCCUGAUGGAGGCGGUAAUCGGUCCGUUGGUGUCGUACCGCACGCUGAACGUCGUGUCCGCCGUCGUGCCAGUUCUGUUUUUCGUCGCUGCCGUCUGGCUACCCGAGUCACCGUACUAUCUACUGAAGCGCGGCCGCCGGCCACAGGCAGCCGUGUGCCUGCAGUGGUUCCGGGGCGGCGGUGACGUGGGCCACGAACUGGACCUGAUGGAAGUGAACGUGCGCAAGGAGAUGGAAAACCGUUCCACGUUCCAGGAGCUGUUCGCCAGCUUGAAGGACAUGCGGGCACUGGCCAUCGUGGUGGCCGCGUGCGCCACGCAGCGGGCAGGUGGCAUCAGCUGCAUAAUGGCCUACUCGGCGCUCAUACUGCCGGAUAACGGUUCGCUGUUGAACAAGCACGAGUCGGUCAUGCUGUUCGCCGUCACUCUCGCCGUUGUAAACUUGAUAGCCGUCGCGUUCGUGGACAGGGUGGGCCGGAAACCGCUGUUGCUCUUCUCCGAGGCGGGCAUGGCUAUGGUCACGCUGACAUUCGCAGUGUUUUUUUACUGUUCCCGGGGCGACGGCAGUGACUGGGCCACCCGCGAACUUGCGUGGCUCCCGUACCUCUGCCACUGGUCGUUUGCCGUCAUGUUCGGGGCCGGCGUGGGGUUCGUGCCCGUCGUGUUCCUCGGCGAGAUGUUUCCGGUCAACAUCCGGUCGCACUGCUCGGCCAUCGCUUCCAUCACGCUGGCGUUCUGCUCGUUUGUCACCAACAAGAUGUUCCUGUUCGUGUCCAAUCGCUACGGGUUCUAUGCCAUGUUCUCGCUGUUCACUGUCGUCAAUUUUGCCGGCGCGUUCUACACGUACAAGUACGCAAUCGAGACGAAGGGCAAGACGUUACAGGAGAUACAAGAGCAGCUGCAGGACACUGUUGGACAUCGUCGAGAGAAGACCAACCAAAAUAAUAAUUAAAUUGUAGGUACUAAAAUAUAACAAUUGAAUCCAACAAUUAAUCUGUUGUAAACUUUUAAAACAGUUAAAAAUUAUUUUAUUUUAUUUAAAAAAAAAUUAUAAUUUCAACUUAUAAAAUAAAUCAGUCUUGUUUUCUUUAA